GGUUGUACUUUACAAAACCCAUGGUACAAUCUGUAGAAAAGAUCGGGCGCCAAAAGUCAACGAAAUGCGCAGUAGCGAAAGAGCCAUGAUCGCCAUUGCAAUUGCGUGCAUGGGCUUUCUCUGCGGUGCGAUUGCUACAGUUCCUGAACUUGGAUCCACUCGUGUAGUCUUCCAGACAAAUUAUGGGGACAUUGAAUUUGGUUUCUACCCGAGCGUUGCACCAAAAACAGUCGAACACAUUUUCAAGCUUGUUCGUCUAGGAGGCUAUAACACCAAUCAUUUCUUUCGGGUAGAUAAGGGCUUUGUUGCCCAGGUGGCGGAUGUUGCUAGCGGAAGAACUGCACCAAUGAAUGAAGAUCAGAAAUUAGAAGCUGAAAAAACUAUCGUCGGUGAAUUCAGUGACGUCAAACACGUGAGAGGCAUUCUUUCCAUGGGAAGAUAUUCUGAUCCAGAUAGUGCACAGUCUUCUUUCUCGAUGCUUCUUGGAGAUGCCCCUCACCUUGAUGGCACGUAUGCAAUAUUUGGUAAAGUUACGAAAGGUGAUGAAACAUUGAGGAAACUCGAGGAAGUUCCUACACGGCGGGAAGGAAUCUUUGUAAUGGUAUAGCUUAUAAUUAUCUUG